CCGCAGUGAGUUGCCUGCUCGGCUGGGCUUUUUUGAGGCUGGCGAGGGAAGGAAGCAAAACGCAGACAACGUGUGCGUUCUUGUGGUGCACUACAAAUUUGGAGCAAACAAAGAGUUUUCCCGAGAUGGUGAUGAGGAGGACAUGCGCAAUUUGCGAAGCACCUUUCAGGAGAAGCGCAACUGCACCUUUAGGGAGCUACUUUCCCCGAAAAAGACCGAAUUGCUUCUUCUUCUUUCGGAUGAAUACCAGCUUCUCCGUUUUUUCAGCACGCAAGAGGUGCCAGCCGUAUUUAUUCUGUUCAUCCUGUCGCAUGGCAGCGAAGGAGGGAAAAUAUUUACAGACCACUAUCAGGAAGGCUCUCAGAAUUACAUACAUUUUACCACCACGGAAGUAUUAGAUUCAUUGAGCAAACUCAACAACUUCUCUAGUUGCUUGAAGUUUGUAAAUUUUGGCCCCUGUCGAGGAAAUUUGGACGACUCUAUUCACCAGUACGCAGGCAGCCUCGAAGCUUCGUAUGACAAUCGCAAUUCGUGCAGCGUUACCUUUACGCCGGAAAUGCACAACCUCAUCAUCAUGUUUUCGACCGUUGAAACCACCACUGCAAUCCGAAAUAACAGGGGAUCGUGGUUAGUGCGAAUGACUUGCGAAUCGCUCAACGCGCUGAAAGAAGACAAGCAGAUUUUGCCUUUUCUUACUGGCAUUCAGUUCAAAACGCACAUUGAGUCCCGCUCCAGCGUUGACAUCAGAGGAGCGCCAUGCGGAGGCCAAACUCUCGAGCUCAAAAUGUUUUCGCAGGAUGCCUUGUUCGUAGUAUCAGCCCUUCCAAAGGAAUCACAAGUCAGAAUAGAAUCAAGCUGCGACGCCAACGGUAGGCGAUAUGAAAAUUCUCGCCCAUCGCGACCAGAACACUUCUAUACUUGGCAGUCGGACCGCGAGGUUAACGUCAGAGGUCGCAGAGCGGUCAUUUUCCUUCAAGAAUGGAGUGAUCUGGUUGAAAACAUAACUGAAGCACUCUCUAAAAAUCUUUCAUUUGAUACCAGUCAUCGAUGGCUCACCAACUCGAACCUGCGAGCGUUUCUUCAAGAAGAUUUUGAAGGGGGAGUUGGAUGUCUGUUGACCUGCGUGUUUGGCAAGGUAGUAACGGAGCACGAACGGAGCAAUGAAGUGUGCGUGUGCGUGGAGGGUAAAAUUAUGCCUGUCGGGGACAUCAUGCACAAUUUCAUUGGGCCCAAAAAUGCAACUUGGAUUGGCAAACCAAAGAUUUUCUUCAUUAUUGAUCAGCAAACUGAAGAAAAGAGGGACAAUUUGCAGUCUUGCACUCCUCAAGCAGAAACAAUUUUGGCAACCAAUCACAGUGGGUGGCUCGUUCUCAUUUUAAAGAACAAUGACUUGGCACGUCACCUUAUCGACAUCCUCAACGACAAGCAGCUGACCAAGGGAAAAAGUCUGCAAGUGCUGCUGGCGAAAUUGCUCAUUUGUUCAAAGGGCAACUCCGGAAUGUUGCUCAACUCCACUCUACAGUACCUCCUCAAUUUUCCAGAUUGGCCAAGAGAAUUCGUAAAGCCAUUUUUCUUUAUUGCAAAGGACCAAGGUGUACCAUUAUGGUCAAGUAGCCCAAUAACUUAUGCAAAUUUACUUGAAAUGGCAACUCCCACAACUUGCGAAAAUCGCGUGUGGCUUUUCAGCUCUGAGGCCGGGUCCGGGAAAACGACAGUGUUGAAGGAAAUCGCGUUUGACCUGGCGAGGUUGCUGCCAGGAGUGAAAAUACUGCGAAUCUCGCUCUCAAAUAUGAUUUCUUAUAUCUCAGAUCAUUAUUCCACUUUGAAGCCUGACAAAUUAAUCGCGAAGGCUACCCACCACUCACCAGAAGAAAUUAGGGCAGUGCUAAAUGAGAGGAAUAAAGCGAUCGUGCUUCUCGAUGGAUUCGACGAGGUUCCAGACGAAAGAGAAAACGUUUUGCUCGUAGCAAAAUAUCUAAUAAAGAAAAACGUUCCUCUGUGGAUCAGCACGAGACCGCAAGAAGCAAAAUACAUUCGAGAUGAAAUUUUGAAAGACGAGGAAAAAACUGCCAUUGAAAAACCACGCGAGGGAUUCAAUUCCGUAUUUGAUACACGACUAACAUCAGCUGAAAAUCAAAAUUCGCAAGUCAAGCAUUUUUCGUUACAAAAUAGCCAUUUAAACGCCGAAAUGAAGAAAAACGUCUCUCUGUGGAUCAGCACAAGCCCGCAAGAUGAGGAAAAAACUGCCUCUGAAAAACCACCCGAGGGAUUCAAUUCCGCGUUUGAAAAACGACAAUCAGCUGAAAAACAAAAAAACAAAGUCAAGCUUGUUUGGUUAAAAAAUUGCCCUUUAAACGCAGAAAUGCAAGUCGAGUUGCUGCAGAUGGUGACAAAGAAGAGUUUGGUCGAGUGCCAGCAGUUUGUGAAAGAAUUUGAGGACAAGACAAUACUUGAGAACCCGUUCCACCUUACCCUGGUCGCUCAGUGUGGGAGCACUCGAAACUUAUAUAAAAUUUAUGAACAAGUUGUGGAGCAGAAGGUGGAAAAAUGUUUAGUAGAAAAAGAAGGGUUGGACACAACAAAACCAACAUAUAUAUCCCGCAAGAACAAAGCUUUGAGCUUCCUCAAAUCAACUGCUUCCCACUUAAUAACCAGACGAAUAAACGAUGCGGAAUCAAUGAGAUCAGAAGCUCAGGGAAUAAAAAACCUCGAAAAAUUGAACGAUUUCGGCAUUGCGACAGUCGAGUCCGGCCAGGUCACGUUUGUACAUCAAACCUUCAUCGAAUUUCUCGCCGCGCAGCAGUAUUUAGAUAAAAUCCCUGAGCUCGAUAAAAACAAAAAUAUGGAGUUCUUAGAAGAAAUGUGGAAGCAUCCACAGUGCAUGAAGUUCAUUGACCUAUAUUUUUCGACUGACCAAGAAGAAAAAAAAUUUAGAGCGUUUGCUGAUGAUUCCUGGAAAUUUUUCAAACAAAGGCCUGCUCGUUUUUUGCUUCAUGUGUGCAAGGAAAACCUAAAGCACAUCUUCAGUAAGUUGAAACCACAAAUUUCGUUUUGCAAAAAUGAUGAAAAGCCGAUUUGUACAACGUUUGGUGGUGAACUCAUCUGCAGUGCAGUGCAGCAUGAAAACAUGUCACUGGAAUUGCUAGACAUGGGAGCAAUAGGAGACGAGCAUCAACUCGCCAAUAUUUUGCCCAAACUAUUAAAAGCUAUUGCUCUUUCCAACUCAACUGGCUUUUUCAAGAAGAUGAAAGAAAAGUUCCCGAAACUAUCUGAAAUGAUUCGCAUGCGGAGCCAUAAAAUCGACGCCGCAAUGGCAGCUGUUGAAAAGGGCCACUACGAAAUACUCGAGCAGCUUCUUUCCAAUGGCUUGGAUGUGAACUUUUCAUUGAACCAAGGACAAUUGGCUUCUUUUGUAGCAUGCAAACGAGGCGAUAUCGAAUGCAUGAAAGUGCUGCAUAAACAUGGAGCCAAACUCGUGAUAGAAGACCCUCUAUCCGGUGCAGUACUAGAUCAUGCUCUCUUUGAAGCCAUUUUCAACGGCCAUCUAGAGCUUAUCAAAUUCAUGGCAAAGGAAAUGCUAGAUGAUGUAUCCAUUCAAGACAAAGAAGGCAGAAAUGCCAUUCAUAUUGCUGUCGACAGUGACCAAUCAGAUAUUAUUAAAUUUUUGAAUCAGGUGGACAACAGACUGGUGAAUGGAAGAACAAAAAUGGGACUUAGCCCGCUGCAUUGCGCAGUUAUAGCAGAAAGAUGGGAGCUGUGCCAUUGGCUUAUUAGAGAGGGCCUAUUCAAUGUUGAAAUUUUGGAUUCCGAGCUCUUAUUUCAAAUUGAUGACGUAAAUUUCAGCGAAGUUUGUCGCGAUUUUAAACUUAUGCUCUCAUUUUCCGACAAUGUGAACUACACUGACAAUAGAGGACAAAGUGCGCUUCAUUGCGCUGCCCGCUACGGAUGCCUGGAUGUGCUUCAGCAGCUUAUUCUCGUUGCCGGAGCCGACUUGGAGGUCACGGACCAAAGAGGAUGGAACGCCCUACACUACGCAUGCCGGGGCUGGUCAAGUCGUGGUAUUUACUCGAAUAUGCCACUGACUCAUAACGUAAAUGGUAGCGAGAGGUACUUGAUUGCAGCAAAAUUUUUGCACGAUAAUGAUAUUCACCUAAUCAAAAAACGGACAGGAGAUGAAAAAACUGCAUUGCACCUUGCUGUACUAGAAAAUGGAGAUUUGGCUAUGAUUAAAUGGCUGGUGGAAGAACUUGGAAUCGAUGUAAACGCAGAAGAUUCAAGUGGUCAUUCAGCGAUGCAAUAUGCUAUUGAGCAACAAAGUUGGAGUGUUGUUUUUUACUUGAUAGAGUUUGGUGCUGCCGUGGACAAAAAAUUUAUAGCAGAUUAUUUAGCCCCAACUGAUUACAGAAAUGUUGCUGUUAUCAACGAGCGGGGCGACACAGUUGUGCAUUUGGCUACAGUUACCUCUAUGGUGUUAUUGCAAAAAUGUAUCGACCUAGGUGCUGACUGCAGAAUUGCAAACUGCUUGGGAGAAUAUCCGAUACACACGGCAUGUCAAUGUAAUCACCUAGCUGAGGCUAAAUAUUUACACAGCUUGCACAGUGACCUUGUCGAGAAGAGCAACCAUUUAGGAGCAACGACAAUUCAUCUUGCCAUCGAUCACCACGAAGACUUGGAAAUGUUGCGUUGGCUUGUGGAACACGCUAAAGUAAACAUUAAUACUGUGCAUUUUGAUGGUGACACAGUUGUGGUCGCCGCAUUAAAACAAAGAAGAUGGAAUGCCGUUGACUAUCUCCUCACCCAAACUGGAAUUGAUAUUCACCAGAAAAACAGGCUUGGCAUGAAUGCACUGCUCUACGCUACUUACCACGGCAGAUUGGAAACCUUGGAUAAACUACUUGGCCUAAAAUCCGAUCCAGCUGAGAAAAAUAUACUUGGUUUAAAUGCGUUCCACAUUGCUUGUGAAAACAACAACCUGCGAGUUGCAAAAUUCUUGCUUCCUUACUGUGGGAAAUCAACAACAGAAAUGACCAAUCAAGGGCAGAAUGUACUACAAUUAUCGGUGUCUAAUGCAACUUUGGCAAAAGAAAUUGAUGUAUGUGAACUGAUCAAAUGGCUAUUGGAAAAUGUUAACGUCGAUGUGAAUCACGUAGACGAAAAUAAGGAAACUGCAUUGCUGAUCGCCUCUCGCAGAAACAUUUGGAGCGCUGUCAACGUUUUGCUGCAGCACGGCGCAGAUGUUCACCAAAAAGACGCUAAUGAAAUGACAGUCUUGCACUACGCAGCAUUUUAUGGCAACGUUGAAAUGAUAGAGAAGUUGGUGAGUGAAUUUGGAGCAGACCUGAGUGCGAAAAACAACCAGGGACAAAAUGCUAUGCACUUUGCGUGUUUCAAGUCCGAGUUGGAAGCGGCCAAAUUCUUGAAUAGAAAAAAAAGGGGUCUCAUUUGGGAGGUGACAAUAGAUCACAACACUGCUCUACAUAUUGCAGUGCAAGAUAUUCAACUACUUGACCUGGCGAUGGUUCGUUGGCUGGUAGAAGAAGUUUGCCUGGAUCCAGAGGCUUUGAAUAGUCAAGGCCAAUCUGCUUUGCUCAUAGCAUGUGCGAGUCAAAGGUUGGACAUAGUUUCCUAUUUGCAUCGCAUCGGCGCCAAAAUUGAUGUCGUGGACAAGCAAGGAAAAACUGCUCUACACCACUUUGCAAAAUUUGGCCGUCGAAAGAACAUUGAAACAUUUCUCCGCUUGGGUCUACAUUUAAGAGCCAAAUGUAACAGUGGAUUUAAUAUAUUGCACGAAGCAUGCAUGAGUCGGAAUUACGAAUUAAUCUUUCAGCUAAUCAGAUCUCCAUUGGCUGCGGAAAAAACAAAGGAUGGCAAAACAGUUUUACAUCUUGCCGUAGAAGCCUCUCCGCCAAUAUUGCCCAGUGAACAUGCCGGAGUGUCUGAUGAGAUCAAUUUCUGGACGAAUCACCAAACUCUGGUGGAAAAAAUUCUAUCAUCCCCAGAUGAAAAUUUUCCCAGUAAAAAUCUGUUGCAUGUCAAAGCAAUACUGAGGAUGCUUGAAAAUCAGGACGUAGAUGUAAAUGCCGAAGAUGAAAAUGGUGUAUCAGCAUUGCUCUUAGCUUUUCAAAAAAAUGAAAUGAGGAUAGCAUAUAGCCUGAUAGUAAUGAAGUCCGAUCAAAUAGUUAUUGAUAUCAACGAAAAUAUGAUUGAUUUGUGUUUCUUGUUAAAUGCUUACAUGGGAGAUCCAGAAAUCCUUCAAAUUUGUCUCAAUAUGAAUGCAAACAUUAACGCCGUAGACAAACGAGGAAACACCGCUUUACAUUAUGCAGCAGAUAGCAAUUUGGAUGCAUUGAAAGCUCUAAUCAUGUUUGGAACUGAAGUUUCAACAAAGAACCGGAAUGGCUGGAAUGCAAUGCAUGUUGCUUGUACAGGAUUGCAUCUUGAUGCUGCCAAAAUGUUGCACAUGAAAAAUAGCAGUUUGAUAAAGGAAAGAACUCAUGACGGUGAAACCGUUUUGCACCUCGUUACCAGCAAAUCUAGACCUGGCAUACGUGCGGAAGAUGUGGAAGAGAUUCAAAAUUGGAUUGUAGAGGAGGCGGGAGUUGAACUUGACGCACGUGACAAUGAAAACCGAACAGCACUUCAAAAGGCAAUCUUACAUAAUGACUAUGAAUGCGUGAAAAAUUUGCAUAAAUUGCAGGCUAAGGUGGCUCCAAAACAAUAAUUGAUUAUUCAGCGUUUCAGUAUUCUUUGUGUAUUAUUGACUAAUUUUUGUUAGUUUUAAUAGAUUUUGUAGCAAAUAGAGUGCAUAAAUGUUACUAUUUACGUUUUUUUUUUUAAAAUAAAAC